CCUCUAAUUAUAAGACUCUUUGAGAUCAGUUUAGCUAUACAGAGACACAGCCUAAUUACAAUGAAAGGAGGAGCUCAUUUCCUUGUUGGUUUUGUCCUUCUGGCUUUGGCUUCGUCAUUUGCCUCUGCCUAUGACCCUAGUCCCCUUCAAGACUUCUGCGUGGCCAUUAAGGACGCCAAGGAUGGCGUCUUUGUCAAUGGAAAAUUCUGCAAGGACUCAAUGCUUGUAACAGCAAAUGAUUUCUCCUUUUCGGGUCUUAAUAUUGCUGGAAACACAUCAAAUCAAGUUGGAUCAAAUGUAACUCUCUUAAAUGUUGAUAAAAUACCAGGACUCAACACUCUUGGUAUAUCCUUAGCUCGUAUUGAUUUCGCACCAUAUGGAGGUCUAAACCCACCCCACACUCAUCCUCGUGCUACAGAAAUUCUAAUAGUCUUGGAAGGCACCCUGUAUGUGGGUUUUGUGACAUCAAACCCCAAUCGCCUCAUUACCAAAGUUCUAAAUGCAGGAGAUGUUUUAGUGUUUCCAAUACGUCUCAUUCACUUCCAAUUCAAUGUUGGAAAAACUAAUGCAGUAGCUAUUGCUGCAUUGAGCAGUCAAAACCAGGAGUCAUCACAAUUGCAAAUGCAUGUGACUUCAACCAAGAUCAAUGCACCAGAAGAUCAGCAUUUAACUGAAGGUGCUGAAGAUGCUGAUGUAGUAAUUGCAGAAAGAAUCAUCGAUAUUUUUUAUCAAUCAAAUCUGAUAAUGUAG